UCCCCUUUGCUCCGUCAUCUGCGCACAGCUAGACAUCGGCGGAUUCAGUUCGCCCGCGACGCUGCUCUGGGCUAGCAGCAAUUUCUCUUAGCUCAUUUCAUCGAUCCCGCCCGAUACCUUUUUGUGACACCAUUAUCCCCACUCGCACCUUUAAUUGAUCUUACCUGAGAAAAUGACGAGGUAAUUGCCGAACAAACUCACAAGUGUCCCUCCGUUUUCGGAUUUCAAAAGCAACUCGUCUUAUUCGUAUAAGCCGGAAUUCAUAACCUCAUAUCGUUUUAAUAAUAUUUGAAAUUUCAUGUGAAAAAGAUUGGGGAAAAGAAAACCAAAAGUUUUCGUGCACCGAAGACGAUGGCGAAGUAGAACUCAUCAAUUGUGGUUGCGUGACUGCUGGAUUGGUCCAGAAAGUUUUGCUCUCGAGUCGGUUGCAGAGAUGAGUGGUGCACGUCUGCAACUUACCUCUCGGCAUGAUGCCACUCUAGUUGCUGCUGAUAUGGCGCCUCUAGUUAGACUGGACCACUCGUUCUUCAUUUGCUCCGUGAUUUUGGAGCGUCUGCGUUCGUUUCUGUGUUGGUGAGACGUUUGUGUAACAAGGAAAUUAAAAAAAAAAAAAACGGAAGGUGAGAUGAGUUUGCCGGCCUUCAAUCAUACAACACCCUUAUGGGGCUCGUUGGGCUCGUCGGGUGGAAAUAGAGCAGGCUCUUCGAUGUUACGAGCGGCCUCUACGGCUGCAGUAGCGAGCCUGCAGUACGUGACGGCCAAUAUAAGCGAGUCAUUGCCGAUGGGCUCCCAGAGGAUGUCGGCCAGUAGCACUGCCCUCGGCUUCGAUGAUUUAACGGACGAAGGAUCUUCGUCCGUCCUGUUCAGCCAGCAGGCAUGGACGUCUAGUAGUGCAAACAACACGACGGUCACAAUGGCGGAAGACGACUUUGUCCUGCCUUACUCCUACCCGGAGAUGGUCCUGAUCGCCAUCGUGGCUGGGUUCCUCAGCUUGCUCACCGUGGCCGGCAACUGCAUGGUCAUGAUCUCCUUCAAGAUCGACAAACAGCUGCAGACCAUCUCCAAUUACUUUCUCUUCAGUCUGGCAGUCGCCGACUUUGCCAUCGGGCUCAUCUCUAUGCCUUUGUUCACCGUCUACAUAUUGGCCGGCCGAUGGCAGCUGGGACCCUAUGUCUGCGACACUUGGCUCUCCUUGGAUUACCUCGCUUCCAACGCUUCGGUCCUCAAUCUACUCAUCAUCAGCUUCGACAGAUAUUUCUCCGUAACGCGGCCGCUGACGUACCGAGCCCGGCGAACGCCUCGUCGAGCCGGCAUCAUGAUAGCAGCCGCUUGGGUCAUUUCCCUGGUUCUUUGGCCGCCGUGGAUUUACGCCUGGCCCUACAUCGAAGGCGACCGCAAAGUUCCAGAAGAUAAGUGCUUCAUCCAGUUUAUCGAGACCAACAAUUACAUUACGUUCGGGACGGCCAUCGCAGCUUUCUACGCGCCCGUCACCGUCAUGUGCGUCCUCUACUGGCGCGUCUGGCGCGAAACGGAGAAACGCCAAAAGGACCUGUCCAAUCUCCAGGCCGGCAAGAAGAACGACAGUCACCGAUCCAAUUCCAGUGGCGAGGAACAGGCCGUCCUGAUGAACGACGGAGGCGACCACCACCUAAGGCCGGCCGGGGCGCCGCCCGAUUGGCGCCGUUCGCGCUCAGAGUCCAGCGGUGCCGUCGACGACAUGGAAACUUCGUAUGUGCCAGCUGCCGCUUGUUUGCCCGGACCUCAUCGCCGACACUAUGUCGGAACGUGGACCAGCUGGGCGUUUUGGCGUCGUUGGUUACGUUGGUCAACGUGGCAGCACUGGAUACGAAGUUUAACUCGUCGCCAGCCGCAACGGCCGCGCAGGCGGGGAGAUCGUUCCGGCGGAGGUGGCGACACGGAAUCCUAUAGUGACGCAUCCAAUAUAGCCACAACGCCGGCAUCCAUCGAGACGCCGUUAGCUUCGUCCAUCUCACGCGGACCGUCGAUGAACAUCCGCGAUCCUUACUCAUCGACGCCGACCCGGUACAAAGCGGCAGCGGCCGCCGCCGCGGCCAACGACCCGCGUCUUGGCGGCAUGGACAGGAGGCGAACUUUAGUGGCGUCUAAAAGUCUGACGCAAGACCAUCACAAUAAGCAGAUGGCCGACGGGCAGAUGUGCCCGUCGCCAUCGUUAGAUCCGUGCGAUGACGCAGAUGCCGACGCCGGAAAGCGUUCGCAUUCAGCUGAUUCUGUUUUCACGAUUCUGAUCCGAUUACCUGCCGACAGUUCGGCGGAUAAAGCCGAACACAAAGUCUCCAUCCGGAUGAUUCCAGCAAACAUUCCGCCUGCCGCAACGCACCGUCCGCGGAUGAGCUCGUCGUCGACAGGUAGCACCGGUGGAGGUAAUCAACCGGCCGUCAGGUCUCGAUCAGUGCCCGUCGGCAAUGAGCAGCGCGACGGCUAUAGUAACCGGAGUCGUCCAGCUGGUAGCGGCGGUGGCUCUGCUAGUCAGUACACGAGCAAUCGUAGCUUAGCUGCCCGUCCGACGGGUUCGCGCUCCGCCCAGUACAACGACUCGACCAGCAGUUUGCUGUGCGGGACCAAUCUCCAUUUGCCCAACGCUCUUUCGCUGAGCAAGUUGACGUCAUUGGCCAAACCCAAUCACCUGCCGUUGCACAAAGGCAAACUCAAGAACCAUCACGCCAGUCCCUGGGUGCCGCGCAGUUGCAUGCCCGUCGCCCAGUCGCCGUUGAUCGUCCGCUGUACCCGAUUCAACGGAGGAUCUUCCAGCACGCCUGAUUCCGGUGAUCGAACGCCAUCCGGAGCUCUCCCAAUGGACGCCAAAAUUGUCCCGAGACAUCGACCGACUGGCAUCGGCCCGGCCGGUGGCAUUACUGGAAGUCCAGCCGGUAGUCCGGCCGGAGCGUUGCAAACUGUUUCCGGCUCUGUCGCCAAUAAUUCGGGUAUGCAUCCGCCCAUGCGUCGGCCUAAUCACGGGAACGCGUACAGCCCUUCGGCGGCGGCUGCGGCUGCGGCGGCGGCGAAGAAAGCCAACAAGAAGCCGAAGAAGAAGAACCAGGAGAAGCGUCAGGAGCGGAAGGCGGCCAAGACGCUGUCGGCCAUCCUGUUGGCCUUCAUCCUGACGUGGACGCCGUACAACGUCCUGACGCUGCUCAAGGCGCUAGCGCCGUGCGACAAGGACGACUGUUUCUCGUCUGAAUUGUGGAACUUCUCCUACUACCUCUGCUACAUCAACAGCACCAUCAAUCCCGUCUGCUACGCUUUGUGCAACGCUUCUUUCCGGCGCACCUACGUCCGCAUCCUCACCUGCAAGUGGCAUUCACGCACAAAGACGGCCGUCCAGCGCGGCGUCUACAACUAAUGCUGACUACAAAAGACGCCAUUGUUAUUGUCGGACACGAAGGAGUUCAAUUGCGAGUGGAACAUAGCUUUCCGGAUGAAUUUCACCAAUCGAUCGUCAGCAAAAUUCGCCAAUAAAAACGAAAUAAAUACAAACGAAAGCGAAAGUCUGUUGGAUAAUCAGUGUCCCCCCUCUCUCUGUUUCUCUCGCUCUCUCUCUCUCUUUGUCGUUUGUGUCUGCUCCACUCCAUCUCACGUCGCCUUGGUGCUUCUCCUUGUCUCCUAUCAGGGAUAAUUAUGUGCUGUAUAUUUUUUUGGGUGUACAACAAGAACGUUUUUCUUUUGGGCCGGUGCACAUCUUCUUCGUCUCCAGUGAUCCCCGCACGAUCAUGCCCUUGAAGACACACUGAUUGUCGAGUGCUGUCUCUGUUUAUCUAUGUCCUAUAGUUAUAAUUUUUUAUUUAUUUAUUUUUGGUUGUUGUGGUCGUAACAAAUUUCCCCCUUCGCUGGCGCUCAAAAAGGGAGCAAGGAGGUCACUGCUGUCGUCGAAAAUAAAAAGAGAAACUUGGCCGGAGAUAAUUGAUGAUAAUCAACUUCUCGAUCUGCACACUUCCCUCCCCUUAGAAAAACCAAAUACAAUUGAUUAUUAAUCAAGUUGAAGUGAUGAUGUUUUGUUGAUGUAGGCGCUUCUCGAAACAGCAAAAUCGUUUGUCUACGUCUUGCCUAAGAAAUCGUUCAUUCGAAGAAUGAGAAAAUAAAAGCGGAAAAACCAAUUGUGCGGCUCGGCGAACGUCAGAUCGCUUUUGAUUUCGUUAUGACAAUCCUUGGUAACAAGAUCUUCCUCUUGCUACCAACGUCGUUUCCCGAUGCAAUCGUACCGUCUUAUUAGGCGCAGCCAACGCCCACUCUUCUUCAUUUAGUCUGCACUCGGUGAAGCAUCAACGACCUACACCAACCAUAAGAAUACGCCCCUCUCUUUUUGAUUCUCGAUAUUUCGUUUUCAUUUGUUGUUACAUGCCUGCCGAAACCCACGUGCCAGAAAGAAAAAGAAAGCGCAUUAACAAUAGGAAAAAGAGUAAUGGGUGAUAAAAAAAGAAGAAAACAAAAAGAAAUAGCGAAACGAAAGCUUUGUUCGUUUCUACGGUAUUUUUUUUUUGUGUGUGUUUUGUUCGGUGGGUUUGUGGCAGUUCACUAGUCCUCGAGUAUCGCAGACAAAGGAGACGACAAGCGUUCGAGCCAUCGGCAGCGUUUUCAUUUAUCACAGACAAACAAUCAGACCGACAACCUCUUUCCACUCUCAUUCGGGAAGUUGUAACACAACAUUGGCAAUUCGGGCAGCGUUUACUCUUCGCUUCGUCAACAGCCAGGAGAGACAGAGAAAGAGAUAAGAAAAAAAUUGCGAACAAUGGCGAAAGUAGUAAAAGAGAGAAAGAGAGGGAGAAAGAAAGAGAGAAAAACAAAAAUUGGCUCUAAAAAAAAAAAAAGCCCUUGGAUCCAACCUGCUCGGCCUUCCCAAUGGUCCUCCAUUCCCGAAUUUACCUCGAAAACCCAAUUUUUUUGGCUAACGCGUCCCAUCUUUUCCCUGUGCGUGAGUUAAGCGCGGCGCGGGCGCUAUGUGUAUACGUUUUGUGUGUGUGUGUGUGUGUUUACGUGUAUGUGCGUUCAUGCUCAAAUCAAAUGAUGUUCAAGAUCGGAAGAGCAAAGUACUAAACAAAAAAAUGAGGAUAUGAAACCGCAUUUGCGCUGGGGAAUGAAAUGGAAUGCCCGUUUACUUUAUGCUCUACUCUUUUCGUUUCAUCCGACAAACACGCUGUAUGAUUGUUACCCUCCCAAUCUUUUUGCCGGGCUUAGUUCUCUCGCACUACACUUCCUGUCACAAUGUUCAUCGUCAAAAUACCCGCAAUUUCGAGUGGGAAAAGAAAUGGUGGUAAUCAAAGCGUACACACAAAUCUCUGUGCCAAUUGUGAUUUCAUUCAAUUUGCUUAUUGUUAUGUUUUUUAGUGUUUCCAUGUUAUUUGAAAAAAAGAAAAAAAACUUAUCCAGUAACGCAUAAAUAGUUACACGACCCAUCUAGACACACACACACAUAAAAAAAAUGAGAUUUAUUCAAUGUAUUUUUUCGGGGAAAAGAAAAUAUUGAUGAAGGUAUCCAUUAUGAAUGGUUAGGAAGAACACGCACGCCCAUUCAUCAAAGUUUGGCCGUUCUUUUGUUUUCUUUUUCCUCAUUUCUAGACGCGAUCCGCAUUGUGUUGAAACGUCAUCCAUCACAUCAAAACCUCCUCCCCUGUAUCUCCUCCCCCUUUUCCCUCAUGACACAAAAAAAAGGAAACAAUAUAUAUAUAUUUCAUCUACUGUA